CGUCGUCUUCUUACUCUCACUGGCACGCGACGAAGUGCUAUUUGCUCGGCUGCAAGGGGUGCAUCUAUGGUGGAAUUUCCAGCGUCUCAAAGAAAACAGGUCAGCAGUUUACAUGGCAUAUCAGUCCCAGGGCCGUCCACCUACCGAGAUGCAUCUAACCCAAGAAGUGCAUGGAAGCAUAAUCCUACUCCAAUAACCGCCCCAUCGAAUACCCGUAAUAAUGCACGCCUCGGGGUAGCAGCAAGUCCCUACGACUAUAUCGGCAAGAACACUCUCCGACGUCAAUCAGCCCCUCAAGUUGGAAAUCCGAAUGCGCGUGCGACAAUUCUCACUACCCAACAACGAUCACGGGCACAAGAAUCCAAGCGCUCUAAACCUGAUCACACAUUCUCCAAGAGCUCUUCCAGUAAUCCGCGUUCCACAAACAACACUCAUACUUCCUCAAGAUAUACAGGGCAUCCAGAUGCCGAGGUACAAAUCGAUAACCGACCUUGUGGAAUCGAAAGUGCUCCUGCGCACCACAGGCAUCCUAGUGAUCCAGAGGUCCACGUAAUUUCCGAUGGAGAGGACCUUGGGGUACCUGUACCUCGUCAUCAUACUAUAUCGUCUUCACCAGACCCUAUCGCUCUUGUCGAAAGGAAGCAUCCUUUCGACCUCUUUCCAGGUGACCGGCAAUACCCUGAAUCCAGGAAGGGCAAAGGAAGGGAUUCCUCUCCGAUCCCACAAGCCCACACCGUUGUUGUGACUGAUGUUGACGAAAUUGAAGAAUUUACGUCGGAGGCAGUCAACGACGGACGUUCGCCCCCUUGGAACCUUCGAUCGCAGCGAGCUGCAAUACGUACGCCCAUAAACAUACAGCAUGGGCAUGUCGCCAAAACUCGCAAAGUGUUCGAACCUCCGAACGAGACGUUUCCGUUGCUUGAUUUACGGCAACAGGGUGCGCUCAGUGGCAGCACCGGAGUUGUGAAGAAUAUGAAACCCAAAGCAGCAACCAAGCCCGCCUCCUCAACGUCUCAAUUGCAGUUUGAUCAUAUCUCCACGUCGUCCACGCAAUUCAUAUCCACAAUGCUUCCCCGCACGAAAGAGCCUCCCCUGAAGCUCCCUUUGCAAGCAUGGGCAAUUGGUUUGAAGAUAUUCUUUGCAGAAGAAGGUUCUGAGCCCCCUGUCUUUGAGUAUGACCCGAAGAACGGACUUGUCGACGUGUCCGUACCCGGACAGUCCUACUCUUACCAGAUCCAACAAACUAAUGGGUUUGAGGAAGUAUCAGUCACGAAUGACACUAAGGCACCCUUGAAAGACAAUGUCAUCAUACAGCUAGAGACGAGGAAAGACUGCGAAAUCCGGGAUCCAAUACGCGAGUUUGAACCCGGAAAGAAUCGCCUACGGGGGAGCCUCACGUUCUUUUUUAGUACGGACGAAGCCAAGGGAUGGACAUCAACAGCAUAUCAGACCCUUGCUAAUUUCCUAAAAAAAUCAGCGUCUACGCAAAAGACGGUGAGACCAAUGGGCGCGAAAACAAUCUGGGAAGAACUUCAGCGGCAUGCAGAGAUGUUCAAACAACACAAAUCUCGCUCGUCCGAUGCUCGCCACGACUCGCUGGCCCCUUCCAUUAGGGAUGCAUCCCCUCCACCCCCUCCACCAGCGCUACAUAGUUCGACCAACACUCGAACGCGCCUGGUAUCUGAUACUAGACCACCAAAUGCUGAGGCCAGCUCAUCGCUGCGCCGUUCGUCGCGGCGGUCAGCUGCAGCACCUCCCGAAACUCUGUCAGAGUCCCCUCUCAUAGCAGAUCCUGAAGAACUGAUUCUCGUAUAUCCCCCAUUUGGCCCUGGCGCAUUAAAUCUAUUGGGCAGUGAUUUGAACAGGCUCAGACCGCACGAGUACCUUAAUGAUACGUUGAUAGAGUUCGGCUUGAAGCUUUGCCUCAAUGAGCUUAAAGUGCAAAACCCGGAUCUUGCGGAACAAGUUCACGUAUUUAGUUCGUUUUUCUACAAGAAGCUCAACAACAAAAGCUUGGACGAAGGAUACCAAAGCGUGAAGAAAUGGACGUCCAAGAUUGAUAUAUUCUCAAAGAAAUACAUAAUUGUCCCUAUCAACGAGAAUCUUCAUUGGUACCUCGCCAUCAUUUAUGAACCCGAACAUACUCUUCUCCCACCCAUCCCUCAGAAGGAACCUUCUCUUUCUCAGCGGGGAAAGCUGCGGGGAAAGGCUGCAGCUGAGCCAGACGUAAAUCCUGCGGCCGAGGCGGUGCCGGUGCCAGUCGACGACAUAUCGCCACCGGAAACACGAUCAGAGUCGGACGCUGAAGCCGCCUCCCUGCAUGCCAAUUGCGCGUCUACACCAAGCGUUACACAAGAUGAAGACAUGGAUGACAUCUCACCUAUCGAUUUCACACAAUCCUGCUCAAUAUCCAACGCUCGUCCUGAGAAACCUCGCAGUGCUUCAUCAUCGAAGCCUGUAUCUAUGCGAGGCAGGUCUGCGUCUGUGGGCAGGGCCUCAAGGAGAUCGAUGUCCAUCGAAGCACCGGCAGAAUCAAUCCUCCCGACAUCAUCUUCACAUUUCGAGCCGAUGGAUGUUGACGUGAUCGACGUUGAUGCAAAUCUAGAAGGGAUCGAGUCCAAGGACAAUAAUCCAUCUUCCAAUGCAUCAAGCUCAACCCAUGUCUCCGGGCCUCCAAGCGCUCUGUCCUCGAAACCUCCCUCUCGUAGCGCUGGGAUGUCCCCAAUUCGGUUUUAUGGAACCUCUGCCGUUGACAAGGGGAAGCAGAAGGCUGUCUCUGUUGUCUCUGACUCCGAAGAGGAGGACGAACUCAAUGAGGAUGAGAAACACGAAAAGGAAGUAGAUGCUAUGCUGGACGUCCUACCCAGUCCAGCCAGCAAUAACCCUCUUAGAACUUGGAUCUUCACGCUAGAUUCCCUAGGUUCACGCCAUGUUCAAGCACAGAGGGUAUUGAAGUAUUGGCUGAAGGCUGAAGCGCAAGACAAGAGACAAUAUGAUGAGGUGAGAACGGCCGAAGUCAAGUUCGCGCAGGUCCCAUCACAGCCCAACUUCGCCGACUGCGGUAUUUACCUGCUACAUUUCGCCAAAACCUUCCUCUCAAAUCCUGUGCACUAUUUUGAUCUUAUGCACCAAAGCAAGAAGAUUUAUCCUGCCAAGCAGCGCAAACUCGACUGGAACGAGGGCGCGGUACAGGACUACCGACAAAAUCUUAUUGCACAGAUUAAAAUUCUUUCGACGGAUUGGAAGGCUUCGAGGGUGGCGAAGGAAGAAGAAGCGAAACGCAAACGGAAAAGCGAGGAGCUUGGGCAAGCUGAGAGUGAAUCAUCGGAUGCCGAUGUAGAUAUCGUCGAGGACGUCAAGGCCCCGCGGCCCACGCCCAAGCAAAAGGAGCGACCAGCGAAGAGGAUACGUGGAGGAAAUAUUGGGUCAUGGGCCUCUCAGCGCCUUGGCUGAAGAGGAAGCUACUUACGAAACUGAUUAUUUUUGAUACAUACUUACGCUUUAGAUCCUGCAUACUCCCAUUGGACGGGUACCCUAUGUAUUGUGAUUAAUGCUAAUGCUGGCAUCAGAGUCCAUAACCACUUGAUAUAAUAAUUUUUUUCAAAGUAUA